CCAACCUGGCCUUGGACACCCCCAGGAAUGGGGGGGCAUCCACAGCCUCUCUGGGAAGCUGUUUCAGCACCUCACCACUCUCUCUGUGAAGAUCUUCCCCUGAGGAGCAGAUAUCAGGGCUAAUUGUUGAUGGACUCUCCCAUUCAUCCCUUGGCUGCAUUCUGUUGUGCCACGUGCUGUCCUAAGUCACUUUGGAGAAGGUCUCUGUGCUGGAUACUGGUGGGGGUUCCUGUCUGACAAAACACACCGACAGUUUGGUUCCCAUCAUCCUUACUUCUAAAACAAUUAAAGAAACAAAAGAAAUCACACGGCUCCAUUGUAAGACUCACAAGUGGAGCUCAAGAGGUCGUCACAUACAAUUUCAAGCAUAACUCAUUAAGCAACGUAGCCCAACUUGUUUUCAAAGGAAGAUCAAACCAAGAGCUAGAAAGCCUGCAUGAUUUCCAAGCUGGUGUCUGUCUCUUCUUCAGAAUACAUUUUCCCUCAGUGGGUGCUCCUAUGGUGCUCCAACACAACAUCACUUGCUGGUGCAUCUGAGAACCAAAAGCAUUAUUUGGAACUGAGAAAAAUGACGGUCAGAAUAACCUUUGCAAUGCCUCAGAAUUUGGGUUUCUGAUGUCUGUGAGAGCAUCAUUAACUUUGCUUUGGGUAGAAGAGUUGUCAUUAAUGGAAGAAAUGCAGCCCUGCUGCUGCAGCCCAUUGCACGGAGCAGUGAGGCUGAAGCUCCUCCAGCUCAGCACACAAACGCCUCCGCUGUGCGUGUCUGGAGGUGUGGAAGGGCAAAGAGGUGAAAUGCCCUCAGGUCAUCACCGCUGUUCGGAUGGAUUAUUUAUCAUCAGGGUCACCCCCAUGGGAGAGCACAUCUCCGCUUCACGUUUGGUGACACCUGUUUUCUAUGCCAGGGCAGGGGAAUGGCUGGAAUGGAAUGCAAGCCUUAGGUAACGAGUUCCCUACAGGAACAAGGGGAAAACCAGACAGCCCCGACUGCUCCCACCCCUCACAGAGGCAGAGGAGAACUCAGAGGCUGUUAUUGACAUUCCAAGUAAUCUCUCAAAUUGCUGAAGCUCAGUGAAUCACUUUGGAAUCUCUUCUACAUACACGGGGAUGGAUGCGACAGACAUUGCAGGAAUAAACACAAGUGUCCUUCGCUGCUCUGAGUGCACAUUUGCUUUCAGUAGCUGCAAUGAGCUCAGCACAGGGUCUGAUCUCACUGAAGGGCUCUUCGUGAUUGGUGUAUUUAGCCUGACAGCAUCUGUAAACACCAUAGAAAUAUUUGUGGCCUUGAGAUGCAGAAAUCACCCAACUGUCCCCAUUAUCAUCACAAGGAAAAAGAAUAGCAUAAAUGGGAUUUUGGAACGUGAUGCAUUAAUAACACUUAGGCAUAGCUGGGCAUAAGGGCAUCAGCUCUCUCCUUUUCUUAGUUGCAUCAUGCAUAGGAACCAGCCUGCCCACGUUCUUGUGUUUAAAAUAAUCUCAAGUGCUGCACCCAACCCUUGUGCAAAACAUCAGCAGAAGGAGCAGAGUGCAGCAAUCCCACAGUGCAUGCACUGAAAAGAAGGGAGGAAAAAUAGAAGAUGGAGAGCACCUCAGAAAGCAGCAUCUGUCUGCUUGCCCCGACAGCUGAUUCCUAUUAAAUAAAGCAACUUCAUAUUUAGGAAGGAAGCUCUUCCCUGUUUCUUUGGGUGCGUUUGUGACAUCAAAUGUCAGACCCCAAAGCCUAAAGAGAAAGUGGGGCUGCAGUGCACGCUGCUCCCUUCAAUCCACACUGCUGCCAGACACACAAAAAAGCCCAACAACAUGAGGAGUUUUUAGGUGGAAGUUGUAGAGUCCUGUCAACCAAACCACCCCCACGCACCCGUUCUAUUUCACACUGACAAAAGCUGAGAUGAAUGAGUUGCUGUCUGGCCCUUCCCACUUUGGACAGCCAUUGGCUGGCUUGGUUCUAAAAAGGAUUUAAAAAAGGGGAAUGAUUUGCCUGUGCCUGGGAACUGAGGCUGUCAGGGUGCUGAGGAGCUGACCCAUAGGCUGUCACCAUGCAGAUCUCCUGGGCUGUGUGCUCUGUCUGCGUCCUCAUCCAAAUCGCAUCCCGGGUGGCUGGAGGGUGGCAAGUGUUCAAAAACGAUGCGACAGAAAUCAUCCCUGAGAUCACUGAAAACACAGAGACCCCAAUGGAGCAGAUUUACAGCAACAACAACACGAUGAACCAGGCAAAGCACGGGGGAAGGCACAUACAUCACACACUAACACCCAUCUCCUUUGCAGAUGUCUCCGACUUCAGCUGCAGAGAGAUGCGCAUCACCCGCUACAUAACAGAGGGGCCGUGCCGCAGCCUGAAGCCUGUGAAGGAGCUGGUGUGCUCGGGGCAGUGUGUCCCAUCCCACCUCCUUCCCAACUCCAUUGGCAGAGGGAAGUGGUGGAGGCAGAACUCCCCGGAUUACCGCUGCAUCCCAGCUCAUACCCGCACUCAGCGCAUCCAGAUGGAGUGUCCCGACGGUGAGACUCGGACUUACAAAUUCCGAGCUGUCACAGCCUGCAAGUGCAAGCGCUACACUCGAUACCACAACCAGUCCGAGCUGAAGGACUUUGGGAAGGAGCCUGUCAGGCCACAGAAGAACAAGAAGUCACGUCUGUCCCGAGCCAGGAGCAGCAAACCGAGCCAGCAUGAGCUGGAAAAUGCCUAUUAGGAGGUUGUGCCAAGUGAUGCAGCCCAGCAGCUCUGGAUAUUUUAUACCAUAUACAAUGGCACGCACAGGCUGAGCACGAGGGUCUGACUGCAGGCGGUUCCAAUUCCUUCUGCUACGCUGGGUCUAAGGCUCACAUAGUCAAAAUCCAUCAGAUGAUAGCGGUUAUGAUCUGAUAAGAGAAUGAGAUAAAGCGAGCUGGUGGGAGCUACAUUCAGUCUGAAAGGAGGGGACACAAUGGGGAUCAGCAUGAGGCCACCUGGUUUGUACAAGGAGAGGGAGGCGAGGUGGUUAGGGUGACAGACAUAUCACACCUGGUUAGGAGUCAUUCUGCUUGCUGGAUGCAGAAGGAAUGCCACAUUCCUUUCCCUUUUCUGAGUCCCAUGGUGCAGGACAAGCAAGGUGAGGCCCUGCACUCCCAAUGGGUUGGGGGUGUUAGGGAUGGGGAGGUUGGGGCUGGGUCUCAGCUGGAGCCAGGCUACCAGAAGUGAACAUCCCCUGCCAGGUGUCCUCAUGCCCCAGUGGUUUCCUCCAAGAAAGAAAACCAAAAUAUGACAUUUGUGCUCUCACAGGCGUGACCAAUCUGUGUCACACUUCUAAUUAGAAUGCUGUAGGGUCAACAGGUUCAGAACUGAGAGCUGACAACCAAAUCAUCCUAUUAAAAAAUAGGAGCAAGGGUUUGGUUUAGGACCAGUUGAGUGAGUUCUCCUAAGGGAAGCAGUUUUACUAAAUGGAUGCUCCUCUCAAGCAAGAUAAGCAAGAUGUUUGUCCUAUAAACAGCUAAUUGUGUGCACGGUUUAACAUAAAAAGAUACUGAUUAGUCCUUAUUUCUUAGUACACAACUGACUUUAGUAUCAACCUAGAUAUCUCAAUGUACAUUACAUAUUCUGUAGACUUUGAAUUACGUGGCCAUACACCUUGUAGAGCUGAGACUGUGCAAGCCCAGUUCUGGGAGGAGGGUUCUGCAUGAGAAGUGGGCCUCUGCUAAACUGAGAGUCAUGAAUUCCUUUAGAAGAGUCUUUGGUGUGUGCAGUGUCUUCAGUUUGACAGCAACUGUACUGAACUUCUCAACAUUCAGACUAAAGUUUGUGUUUUCCAUUAAAGAAUAUUACUGGGAAGCAAAUAGCCACACGCUGUACAUAUCCUGUAGAAGUGCUAGGCCUAGUAUCAGGUGAACACAGAUCAUAUAAACGAUGGCCAUUUGCCUUGUUGAUUAUAGAUUCUGCAGUUAUUUUGUGUGGGAUCAGAUAUCUAGAGAGAAAAGCUAUUGUUUCAAAGAGUGAAUUAUGUAUUUAUUUUGUCUAAAAAAUUAUUUAUGCAACGUUUUCCCUUGUAGAGAAGUUAUACUGCUUGAAAAAAUGUUAGUCUGUCAUUGUGAAUUUUAAAUACAUUGGUAAUAAAGUAGAAACAAUGAUUAAUUA